AUGGGGAAGAUUGAAUUGCGAACCAAGUUUGGAGAUAUUGAAGAAAGCACUGAGUUCUUGGUCAUUGAUGUAAACACCUCUUACAAUGCUUUGCUUGGGAGACCAUGGAUGCAUAAUCAUCAUGUAGUGCCAUCAACUUAUCACCAAUGUAUUAAGUACCCGUUGCCUUCACCCAAAAAAGAGGGGACAAUUGUGGCUGACAAUGAUCCAUUUGGAGAAGUAGAAGCCUACUAUGCUGAUGCUCGCUUCUAUACAAAGACUUCACAAAGAAAGGGAAAAGAUGUGAAGAAGUCUGAAGAUACUCCGAAUAUCAAAGACGCUCUAGAGUCUACUCCAGUUUCAACAAAAAGAACUCUUCGAUAUGUGCCAAAGUCCGAAAGGAAACUGGGGGCAAAGGCUCUAGCCCCAAUAAAUCCAACUUUGGAUCUCAAGGGUGAGUUCACGUUGCCAUUAAGGAAGACAGAAUGCACCUGUGUGGAGAAAUAUAAUAAGAUUGUGGUCCUUUCUAAAGGAAAAGGGUCGAAACCCAUCAUAUUCCACUCACUUGGAGAUGUUGAACAGAAAGUGAAAGUUGAACAAGUGCCAGAAGAAAACAUCUCGAGUUUUGAGAAGCCUACCUUCAGUGCAGAAAUCACACAAAUGUUGGAAAAAGUUGGUUUAGAUCUUGAAAAAAUACCAGGAACAAUGACACCCUUUGACUUUGCAUUAACACCUUCACAGAGGCAGGCUAUCCAGCAAAGCGGUAUUAUCACCGCCAGGACAGAAGGGUUAGGCUAUCAGGGAGAUGAGGAAAAAUUUCCAGUAAACGUGACUAUCACUCAAUAUGUGUUGGAAGAUGUUGACCAAGAUGAAGUUCAACCUGCACCAACAGAAUUUGAAGCAGGAGGCCAAGCCACCGUGGAUGACCUUCGUGAAAUAAAUAUGGGUGAUGAAGGAGAAAACAAACCAACCUUCAUUAGUGCAAAUUUAAAGGAAGAAGAAGCUCGGCAAUAUAUUUCCUUUUUAAGGGAGUAUCGUGACAUAUUUGCAUGGAACUACAGUGAGAUGCCUGGUCUUAAUCCAGAGAUUGCAGUCCAUAAGCUUGCAAUUCACCCUGAGAAACGGCCAGUUAAACAGCCUCAGAGGCAAACUCGACCAGAGCUUAUAGCCCAAAUUGAAGCCGAAGUCGACAAGCUUAUCAAUGCAGGAUUCAUCAGGGAAGUCAAAUAUCCAACCUGGCUAGCAAACAUAGUGUCAUUCAAGAAAAAGAAUGGUCAAAUCAGGGUUUGCAUUGAUUUUCGUGAUCUCAAUGAGGCUUGUCCUAAAGAUGACUUUCCUUUGCCCAUCACUGAACUUCUUGUAGAUGCAAACUACUGGGUAAUGCUUUUUGGCCUGAAAAAUGCUGGGGCCACAUAUCAAAGGGCGAUGACUGUAAUUUUUGGUCAUAUGCUCCAUGAUACCAUCGAAUGCUAUGUUGAUGAUCUUGUCGUCAAGACAAAGGAAAAGGAAAACCAUGUAAAAGAUUUGAGAAAAAUCUUCGAACGUUUGAGGAGGUACAAACUCAAGAUGAACCCACUAAAAUGUGCAUUUGGAGUUUCAUCAGGAAAAUUUCUUGGGUUUGUGGUUCGAAACAAAGGGAUUGAAAUUGACCCUAUCAAAUUAAAGUCAUUGUUGAAAUGCCUCCUCCACGAAAUUUAA